AUGAACAUGAUAGCCAUCGGGACAAACCGCAGCCUGUCCGUUCACGACGAAGAGGCCAAAGUGGUGCGUCCAAACGUGGCCCUAGGAUGUCCACGCCUAUGGGCAGAGAUCGGUCUUCUUUGGGACGCGGCCGACCUAGAACUUCAACACAUCACGAUGAAUCUAGUCGCCAACAGGCGCUAUCAUCCGAAUUACGACCCAUACAUUGAGAUACGCAGAGCCAGAGAACGUCUGGCUCAGUACAAAACAGAGGGAGAUUGGGAGGUGGAUGCAGCUCUUAGUGAAGACGCUGAGAAGGACUUGCAGCGAUAUGAGGAGAAAUUGAAGCGCCGAUAUUCUCUGCGGAGUGACUUUACUGGUGAACUGGACUUGGAGCGCCGGCAGCUGGAGCUCCUGAGACGUCAGCGCGACAUCGACAUGGGCAAAACGACCAAGAAGUACGCGGAGUACGUGCUGACGAUACCGAAACCCGAGCGCCAAAAGCACCACCCACGAACCCCCAACAAGUUCCGCCAGGUUUCGCGACGCGCCUGGGAUGGAAUGAUAAGAAAAUGGCGGAAGCAUCUCCACAACUACGAUAAUCCUGAUUUCAAUGAGACCUGGAGGUCCCUUGCGACAACCGACGUGUCGAUGUCUUCAGUAACUUCAAACGCCUCUUCGCCAUCUCCUUGCACUGAAGGCGGCACAAUGCUUCGGCAUCCCUCCAGCCAAGCCGCUGGUGGUGAUGCGGAGGAAGCUCAACUCUCGUCUGCGCCUGUCAUUGUCGACGCGUGGAGGAAGACGCAGACUUCGUUGGAGUUGGAGGCCGAUGAAGACACGCUUCAGGGGGGCGGCGGUGGCCAGCGUGCGCCCCAGUCCGGCGCUCCAGCAGCGCCCGGUGGUAUGUCCGACGAUGACACGUUGCAGGCCGCUGAUGUCAAGUGGAACCUCCGCGGUCGAACAGUUGUGGCUGUGAAAUGGGACCAGCUGCCAUUGGCCGGUUCCAAUCAAGCUCCUCCAGUUAGCCUCUCGCAAACUGGUAGCGAAUCUCAUUAUGCUCCAGCUCCUGAUGUUCUUCAUUCUGGCUUGACCAACGACGUUGUUGGUCUCGGAGUUAGACGUGAUGAUUCGAGUGAGUUUUCUUCCAAUGAUAUUUACCCGAAUGGAGCGAGUCACGUGACAAUUAACCCCACGGCCUCCCGCCUGAUUAAACCGUCCGUAGUCGAGGACAAGGCCGUGGACAAUCACCCCGAUAUUGUGUCUACGCGAGAAAGUUAA